UUCUCUCUAUUGUUGUGCUUCGAUUCGUAGCUCGGAACAAAAUCAAUGGCUUUCUCUCAAUCUUUGCGCUAUACCCCAUCCAUUUCUGCUUCACGAAAACCUUCUAUUUCACUUCAAAUCCCUUCUUCCUCGUCUCCUUCCUCAGUUUCUUUUCGAUUUUCGCCUUCUUUCCCCAAAUUCAAAAAGACCCUUUUGCCCAUCAGGUCAGUCUCGGUUGAAGCACCAUCUACGGCUGGAGGAAUCCCACCGGCUAUCGACUUAACAGACGAUGCGCUGAAACACUUGAGUAAGAUGCGGUCCGAAAAAAGUGAAGAUCUUUGUCUGAGAAUUGGUGUCAAACAAGGUGGAUGCUCUGGUUUGUCCUAUACAAUGGAGUUCGAGACAAAAGAGAAUUCGAGACCUGAUGAUUCUGUCAUGGAGUAUAAUGGCUUCGUUAUAGUUUGUGAUCCGAAAAGCCUUCUGUUUCUUUACGGGAUGCAACUGGACUAUAGCGAUGCACUGAUUGGCGGAGGCUUUAAUUUCAAGAACCCGAACGCUACUCAAACUUGCGGUUGCGGUAAAUCAUUUGCUGCGGAGAUGUGAAUGAAAUGUUGUAUAAUACUACACCGUAUUCGAAUAAUAGAAUCCAUAAAUAUAUAUACACUGUAUAAUAUUGGUGUUUGAAAAUAUGUAACUGAUUUUUUUUAGUUAUUUUUUUGUGGUAA